AUGCUAUCAAGCACCCCAGAGGCUGCAUUGCUAGAUAGAUGGCUUUGCUUCGCCGGGCCGAAAGGGCCCGAUAAUGCAGCUAUACAUAGUAUUGGUGAAUGGGUCAGCCUAACACCGCACCUGAUCGCGAAAAGUGUUCCAGUCCGCUGGGCCGCUACUUGUCUCCUCGACAGUAUUCAGGCCUUCGUUAAGAGGGGCGAUCAGAACCAUGCAACUGCGGUCGAAUCAAAUGCCAAAGCCUUACAAUGCAUCCGGAAUGGUCUAGGAAGUAGCAAGUCUCGGCCGUGCAAGAGCGACGUGAUGCUUGCUAUCAAACUGCUUUUCGUUGCUGAGAUAUUCAUAGACUCUGAUGCAGGAAACUAUUAUCGCCAUAUGAAGGGUCUCAAUGAUAUUCUGUGCGAUGCAUUUCGGCAGCAAUCUGCUUAUGACGAGGCCUGUCAGCAGAUAUUCUAUGGAAACAUAUUAGGCGAGUGCAUCGCUGCGAUGAGAUCCGGUCACGACUCGAAAUUUUACGGCUCCUCGUGGUUCGAUAUGUCUCCACCCAAGACUCUUGUCCCAGGCUGUCCUAACUUCGAGUCCGCUAUGAAACUUGUUAUGCAGCUGCAAAUCGAAAUGACUCAUUUCAUAAGGAUAGUAAGGGAGACAGGAGAACGACCAAACGAUAACACUGUACGGCAAGAGGCCAUAGAGCUUGCUACGAAACUCUACCAACUUAACCUCGAAUCAUUGAUCAACGAGCUGAUAGCUACUUCGAUGCUGGAGAUCAUCUCAUCGUCAAUGACUGAAGUAAAGCUACUCUUUGCUACGUCUUACACAUUCUCUUCGACUCGCAUCUUCAAUCUCGUUCUGAACUACUGGAUCUGCCGAGUCCUGAUAUGUGGAGGCAUCGAGAUAUUGUACUCGUUCCUUCACUUCGACGAACAACGACUAAAUCUCGCAACGGUACAACAGCAUGAUGUUCGAACGGCAGAAGAAAUUGUCAUGUGUUUCGAGUACGCUUAUACGUAUGAGUCGCAAUUGUGUAUCAUGGCAAUGCGGUUCAUUAUGCCGCUACAGACAGCAUUUGGUGCCUGGCAUCGACUGGAGAAAAGGGCCUUGGGGUAUGAAUAUAAGGAGGAAGAUGCGCAGAGGGCAAUGGAGAUGAAAAAGUGGUGCAUAUCUAUGUGCAACAAGAUGGGAGCUCUCUUUGGUCAAGGAAGGGCUAUGUGCGCAUUUGAGGAGAUGAAAACCGAAACCCUUGCUGGUGGGCCUCUGUUCUUUGGUGGAAUUCUCCGUCCAGAGGAUUGA